GGCGACUAAAGCCGCAAGCGGUGCGAUAUUUGCCUCAAGAGCGUAGUUGGCAUCGAUAAUGCUGCGACACGCCAGCGCCGUCGCGUUCCGCGGCUCGCUCGUCGCACGCUCAGCCAGCACCACCACGAGCAGCGCUUGGCCUGCAUUUUUAGCUCCGGUCGUAAACCGAGUCACCGAUGGUGCUGGACUAGGAGAACUCCAGCGCCUCAAAGCAGCGGUAAAUGAGGCAGAAACGGCGCACGAGGCCGCCGUGGCCCAACGGGCGGAAGCGUUACGAGCGCACGAUUCAUUAACACAAGGCCGGUCCUCGACACAGGCCGACCUCACCGUUCUAUUGCAGCGCCGCGACGCCUGGGACGCCGACGACGUCAAGAAAUUCACGCGCUUGACUUCGGAUGAACACUCUCUGAAAACGCGGAUCUCGGAGAGCUUAAUCACGAGGGAAGCGUCCGAGCGCGCCGCCGAGGCGGCCGAGCGGGCAUUUCUAAAAGCGGUGCGGUCCCAGUACCACGGCGAGCUCAUGUGGCAGGAGAAGUAUAGAGCGUUGUCGCUGUAUAGCACCUGGGCUCUGAUCGUCGUGAACUCGCUAGUCUUCGUCGGGUCUGGCAUUCACAGGAGCUACGCGGACCGGGAGCGCCUGGCCGAGGUCGAGCGGGCCGCGUCGGAAUUGAGCGCGGCGUCGCAACGCGCGUCGGAUGCCGCGUCGGCCGCGGCUCAAAUUGCUGCCGACGCGGCCGACCGCGCGGCCGCCGCGCUUGCGGCGUCACAGGUCAAGCCGGUGCGGCGCUGGCCCGCGGUGGCCGCCGUCUGGACCGCUGUAGUUGAGCGUGCCAAGCGCCUCUACGCGGCCGCGGCCGCCGAUCGGCGCGCGCCGGCGGCGGGCAGCGUGCUGAUCGGUCUUCUGAUAUAUGCGUGGCGGUGGCGGUGA